ACACCACCAGCACCAGCAUGGCGACGGCGGCGGAGGGCGGGGUGGCGCCGUUCGUGGCGAAGACGUACCGCAUGGUGGACGACCCGGCCACCGACGCCGUCAUCGCCUGGGGCAGGGACAGCAACAGCUUCGUCGUCGCCGACCCCUUCGCCUUCUCCCAGACCCUCCUCCCCGCCCACUUCAAGCACUCCAACUUCUCCAGCUUCGUCCGCCAGCUCAACACCUACGGGUUCCGCAAGGUUGACCCGGACAGGUGGGAGUUCGCGCACGUCUCGUUCCUGCGCGGCCAGACGCACCUGCUGCGCCGGAUCGUGCGCCGGAGCGGCGGGGGAGGAGGAGGGAAGAGGAGAGAGCAAGAGGCCGGGGAGGACGACGAGGACGGCGCCGUGGUGGCUAUGGAGGUGGCCCGGCUGAGGCGGGAGCAGAAGGAGAUCGAGGACCGGCUGGCGGCGAUGUGGCGCCGCGUGCAGGAGACGGAGCGCCGCCCCAAGCAGAUGCUCGCGUUCCUCGUCAAGGUCGUCGGCGACCCGCAGGUCCUGCGCCGCCUCCUCGACCGGGACGCCGCUGCCGCCGACGCCGAGACGGACCGCGCGCGUGGGGAGGUCAAGAGGGCGCGCCUCCUCCUCGACACCACCACCGACCACCUCGUCACCACCGCCGCCGCCGCCAGCGACGCGGGGAGGCGCGUCGACGGGUUCUACGCCGCCGCCGGCUGCGUCCCGGAGCCCGACGCGUUCGUGCCGGACGACACGGUCGACUUCACGGGCCUCUACACCGGCGGCGACGGGUUCGUCGACGCCUCCGUGGACAGCGCGUACCCGACGCCGUACGCGUUCCCGGUGGUGGACAGCGGCUACUAACUGCAGCUGCUGCGAUGAGAUUCGUGCUACGUGUUACGCCCGAUCGAUUUGUGUACUUAACUCCAGCAUUUUUUCCCCCCUUCUCCCAAAGUGUUUGGGAGAAGUGGCUGUGAACGGCGAAAGGAAGCUCUCCUGGUAGCCGUGUUGUUGUUUUUCUUUUUUUUUUUUCACCCCGUGUUGGGUUUUUUUUUUUUGGGUCUCGGUGUGUGCCUGACUUGUGGACGCAGCCGGGUGUCCAUGCGCAACCCAAAAUAGUAUUAGUACUAGUAUUAUUAUGUCGGUUCCACGAAAUUUUCGUACUAGUAGUAGUUUUCAACUUUUGGUUAUAUAUUACGAGUGAUCGAGCCUCGCUCCUCUGGAGAAUAAUUUAUAAUUUGGUCUAACUUCAGUCUUUAUCUUUGAACUUG